UGCGAGUUUGGAGGUGGCCCCAGUGUGAGAGCUGUAAGUGCGGUCUGGUGCCCUGCAAGUGUUUGGGGACGCGGGAUUAUUCGAGGUGCCUGCACUAUACUCAUUACAGUAAGACAAGAUGAUUGGGUUUUACAAGCCGAAGACUUACCGGAGCACAAGGGGCUGCUGCAUCUGCAAAGCCAAAUCCUCCAGCUCCCGCUUCACAGACAGCCGGCGAUACGAGGGCGACUUUCAGAGCUGUUUCGGGAUUCAUGAAAGCCGCUCGGGGGAUAUCUGUAAUGCCUGUGUCCUGCUGGUGAAAAGAUGGAAGAAACUUCCCACUGGGACCAAGAAGAACUGGAAUCAUGUGGUCGAUGCCCGAGGAGGGCCCAACCUGAAAGCAAUGAGGAUACGUCCCAAAAAGAUCCGACCCUUUGCCUCGCGAAGGCAUCAAAGCAAGCAGGUGGCGGAGCUGAAGAGCGGUAUCUCAAGUCUAUACUGUGGAGCAUCGAGCACCUCCCCAGAGCAUUCCUCGUCCUGCAGCAAUCACUCCGAUACUGACACCGACACUGAACUCAGGUCUGCAUCCAGCACCGACUCCGGCUUCUCCUUCCUAGACCCCACCUACUGGAAAAGGCAGAAGGUUUGCUGUGGGAUCGUUUAUGAAGGUCGUUAUGGGGAGUUGCUGAUCGACGCCCGGCAAUUCAAGCCAUGCUGCACCUCUAAGAAGCCAGAGACCCCACAAACGGAGCCAGUCGACUCCCAGCAGCCUAGACCAACAUAAAAGAAAAUUUGUAUUGUGUGUGGGGGCUCGGGCUCUGACCCUGAUUUGCCAAAGAACUUUGAUACAAUUUACUUUUUCUUUUUUUCCCUUCCUGUUGAUGCCAGUUUUUUACUGUAUGUAGAUAUAUAAUAUAUUUAACGUAUAUAUUAUGACUCCCGACCGCCUGCUCUUGUCCUCAGACUCCACCCCCUCCCCCUACAAGAGAUUGUGCAUUUAGGAUACGGUUUGUUUUUCUGCCUCAUAUUGACUAGAUGAGCCGACUCUUGUAUAUAAGCUAUUUGCUAGUAUUUUUUUUUUUUAUAUUGUAUAUGUAUAAUACUGAUGUGAAUGCCGCUAUUUCUAUUUGCAAAUGACGUCUAUGCAUUUCUGUGGAAGGCAGAAUAUUUUUGAACAUGUAAAUGUGAGAUUUUCUUUGUGCCCCAAUUCCUUCAUCUCAACUAUGCAGUAACCCAGCCUCCAGCAGGGGGCAGACGAGAGCUUGAUAUUUUAGAUUGAUAAGGUGUUUAAAGGAUAAGUAAACCUUUAAAACAAGUGAUUGUAAAACGGAUGAGGGGGCUAUUCCUAUUCUAAGCACGUUUGAAAUUUACAUUCAUUAUUUAUUUUGUUUUUAUUCCAGGAUAUUGAGGGAUACAUGUGCUGUUAAUAUGAAUGGAUUUUAUUACAACAGCGCCACCUGCUGGUCAGUUUCCCACCAGUCUGACCAGCAAGUAGUCAAGGAAGUUGUCAGGAGAAAGAAAGAGGCUGAUGUUCUUCUGCUUAGGAAAGAUGUGAGAAAGGUUUCUAAUUUUAUUCUAAAGCAGGUGGCGCUGUUGUAAUAAAAUUCAUUCAUAUUAACAGCACAUGUAUCCCUUAAUAUCCUGGAAUAAAAAACAAAAUAAAUAAUGAAUGUAAAUUACAAACAUCCUUAGAAUAGCCCCCUUAUCAGUUUUACAUGAUGUAAAGAGUACUACUCUGACGCAAAUUGCAAUUGGUCUUCAUAUAUUUUUAAUUUAUGGGUUUUUUGAUUAUUUUUGUGCAGUGACUACAGUUUGACAUUGCAGCAGCUAUCUGGUUGCUAGGGUACUGCUUACCCUUAACAACCGCCCAUCGGUUUUAAUGCGUGGCUGAAAGGUGAAUAGGGACAAUGACCAUUUAGCCUCACAAAGCUGCUGGGGUCGGUGACCCCCCGUUGGCACUCAGAUCAGUUGAAAGGUUGCUAAGAAGAGGACUUUCUAUAACAUAGUUCUGGUUAAUGUAAAGCAGCACUGGUCCUUUAAAGAAGUGGAUCCCAUGGGGCAGACUGUAAUAUUUGUAAUAUUAAAUGCAUGGGGUUUACUGUACACACCACGUUGUGCCUCAAUAUGCAGAGGGCGCCUCUAAAUAAAGGGGGGGAGCCUUUGUUAGCAUUUAUUAAGCUAUUAUUUAUACUUCCCCUUUAUCCUGUGAACCCAAAUCCUCCUCAUUAGGGUUGGACUCGGUGUGUAUAUAUACAGUAUAUUCAGGCAGCUAUUAAUACUUCUGGAUACUGGAAGUAUGGGACAUUUCUUUGGGGUGUAUAUGAGACCCCCCUGAAUCUUUCAACCGUUUAAUCUCCAUGUGAGAUUUGUGACGCUCAUGUUUGUACAUGGAUGUUUUAUAAUGAAGAUUUUGUACCUCUGUAUAGGGAAUGUUAUUCUUUCUACAAUAAACGUUAUAUACUUG